AUGACUUCACUAUCUCCAAUUGGUGCUACAGGUGUAAAAAGCAGAUUCUACUCCUACCAAAAAUACUCAACACCACAAUCAGACAAUAUUAAGGAUGCUUUCGCAGAAGAUUUGCAGGAGAGUUUACAACAUACCGUGGAGAUCAACCACAACCUUAACAUGAGUAAAUGUAAAGACAAACACUUGACUAAAGUAGAAGCCACCAACAGUCUACACAACAAGCCAUCAUCUUUUCACCCGUUACAAAAUAGCACCGAAACCAAGUCUACUGACCUAGUGGUUGCCUCCAAGAUAUCGCGGUUUUCAAGAUUCAUCAACAAGUUUCAUCUAAGAAUAGCCAAAACCACAUGCCAAAGCAAGAAAUUCAAUACGGUAACAGGGGCAGAUAUGACACCACAUAUCACCGAAAAGCACCCGACUUCUACCUGGAGAAGAAGAUUCUCGAAACAUCAUACUUCCAUGUUUUACCCGAGCGACAACGGACUGCUUCCACUAAGAUUAGCCUCGGAAAACGUAACUAACACCAAACUUUGUGGUAUAUUUUCACCACCUGUUCCAGAGCCCAUGAAGACUAUAGACUCGCUCAAGGACGACCUAAUCAAGAGAAGUGCCGAGUCUCCUCCGGUUCAGAACUUGUUUGAUUUUGAUUCCUUUUACAAUGACAAGUUUUUCACAACUGGUGUAAGAAGGCCAAUUACUUAUGAUAAUUCACAGAUAACCGAUGAAACUAUAGUAGCAUAG